UUCAAGAGAGCAGGACAUUUGUAGGGAAUUUUAGAAGAUAAAAUUCAUCUUAAAAGGCUUGCAAAAGUUUCUUCCUUCUUUCUUUCUUUCAGAAGUUUAGCUCUUGAAGUUUCUUCCCAGUUUUUUUUUUUUUUGCCCUGCCACAUUUUGGAAUUAUCCUGCUAUGACUGUGGAAAGUAAUAGUGAGCUUCCAUCAGUCUUUUCACAGAAGGAACACAACAUUAUUGCAGCAUACUUGAUCGCAGCAGGAAUCAUAAGUCUUCUCAGUAAUAUUGUUGUUUUAAGCAUCUUCAUUAAAUUUAAGGAACUUCGAACACCAAGCAAUACUAUUAUCAUUCACCUGGCUUUUACGGAUAUUGGAGUGAGUAGUAUUGGUUAUCCCAUGUCUGCAGCUUCAGAUCUGCAUGGAAGCUGGAAAUUUGGCUACUUGGGUUGCCAGAUUUAUGCUGCUUUAAAUAUCUUCUUUGGAAUGGCAAGCAUUGGUUUACUUACUGUUGUCGCCAUAGAUCGUUACUUGACAAUCUGCAAGCCACAAAUAGGUAACAAACUAACUACUCACAACUAUAUUGCCCUGAUUUUUGCUGCCUGGACCAAUGCAGUCUUUUGGGCCUCCAUGCCUUUGGUAGGAUGGGCAAACUAUGCCCCAGAUCCAACUGGAGCUACCUGUACCAUAAACUGGAGAAAAAAUGACACAUCCUUUGUUUCUUACACUAUGUCAGUAAUUGCUGUCAAUUUUGUCAUCCCCUUAUCCAUCAUGUUUUACUGUUACUACAAUAUCUCUCAAACUUUGAAGCGAUACACCAGGAAUACUUAUAUAGAAAGCAUCGAGGUAGAUUGGUCAGAUCAAGUUGAUGUUACAAAGAUGUCUGUUGUCAUGAUUUUGAUGUUUCUGUUGGCUUGGUCUCCAUAUUCUAUUGUGUGUUUAUGGUCUGCAUUUGGAGACCCAAAGAAAAUUCCCCCCACCAUGGCAAUCAUAGCCCCAUUGUUUGCAAAAUCAUCUACUUUCUAUAACCCCUGCAUUUAUGUGAUUGCAAACAAAAAGUUUCGAAAUGCCAUCCUUGCAUUAAUCCAAUGUCAAGUACAACAAGAGGUAACAAUCAACAUCUUGCCAAUGCAUUUAUCUCAAAGUACAAUUGCAUAAAGAUACAGCUUUAAAGCCUAUCCACUCAUCUUGUUUUUUGCCUUGCAAAGAAAGUUAGAACUACUUCACAUGAAACUAUGUACUGAUGUAUAAUAACUUUGUCGUCUGCUGAUUCUAUUUGACUUUAUGGUUACUAUGUGAUACUAGAAUGAUGCAUACACCAUGUCUUUUGUUUCAUAUGAGACUCAAGGUUUCUGGAAUCCAAUUCUCUGCUUUACUGUACUUGCAUAAUGGUUCUUUGGAUUAUACUAUGAAUAUAUAUACCUAAAACCAAUUCUACAUUAGUGUGAUUAGUAUAGUUGAAUAAUUAAUACAUGAGUAUUUUUUCAAUAGUCACUAUUCAAUUUUGAAAUGUAAACUGCUUCAGUGAGAAAUCCACUAAAAAGUGUAAUAAAGUUUUCUCUUUCUAUUGCUAAAAACAUUCAAUGACCCUGGGGGGGGGAAAAACAUUUCUUAUACCUUCUGUUACUAAUUUUUGUUUUUUGCAAAGUUAUUGUUGCCAAACAUAUUAACGUCUAUUAAAAGAAAUGUUUAAAAUAAAGCAAUUGUUGGAGAACUAAGCAAAUAUUUGCUUUAGAAAUGAAUAAACGGUUUAAGUUUCUGUCAA